AUGGGCGCAGAGAACCUCGUUAGACGACUGAACAUGAACUCCUCGCUCCCUCUAUUCCCUGCACAGACCGGCCUGGUUAACCACAUUUCGACCCGACAGACCAGCCCUGGACAAAUCAUAGUACCCACGGAGUUUGUAAAAGCAGGGAGCACCCCACGUGAGGUGAUUGCGCCUACAUCCAGUGCCAAUGAGACGACACCCAAGGCGCCCAAGCUCUCACGCCGUAUCGACUUGGAGUUGCCAGAAACCGCCAGCGAGCGUUCCGACAGCAACUUUGCGACCACCUUGGAUGCCCAAACUGGCCAGGCCAUCUUGGAGCAACUACGUUCAGCCGAGGAGGAGCCGUCGGAUCCUAUCGUCCACCAACAGCCUGACGCGCCUGGAAUUCCUACCGCUAUGCCGGUUACCGAGUUUACCAAGCCGCCCAAACUUCUGGGAAGAUUAAAGAGCAUCCCCGGAUCAAUUUUUGAACUGAAUCUCCGCCUAGACGGCCGGAUGACCUCGUGGGGCCGUGGACCCGACGCAACAAUUCGUUAUCCCGACAACUUGGACGUGCGUAUUCCCGCCUACGCAAUCGAAAUCACCUUUUGGGCCCCGGGACUUGAACGUCGGAUCGCUGAAGGCCAAGAUUGGACGCAAGUCCCUGGCGUGAUGGCCGUGCUUUCCACAAAAACACGCAAAUGCAUCUGGGUCAACGGCACGGAGCUACGCAAGGGUGGGCCAGAGGGUCUGCAGUUCGGCAAGCUCUACACGGGUGAUAUCAUCACCAUCUACAAGCAUAAAGACAACGGGGAGUUUUUGCAACUCCGAUGCGAGUUCUACCAUGGCGAGAGCGCACAGCCCCGGCCCGAAUAUGAGGCUGGGUUCGUGGUGCGCCAAGCGCUCGUAGGCAAGUCGGACAGUACUAACCGGUUGUCUGUCCGGCCGAGCCGCAUGAAGGAAGCCGAGUGA